AUGGCAUCGCCCAAAGUAUUCGUAACGGGAGCGACCGGAUACAUCGGAGGAGACUUCCUCUAUGCAGCCUAUCAUGCUCACCCAGAAUGGAGCUUCUCUGCGCUUGUUCGAAACCAGGAGAAAGCAGCGAUUCUACGAAAGGCUUUCCCAAAUGUUAGGCCUGUCCUUGGAGACCUCGACUCCGUAGACGUGCUGCGGGAGGAGGCUUCGGCCGCAGACAUAGUUCUUCAUUUCGCCGAUUGCGACCACGAGGAAUCUGCCAGAGCCUUCAUUGAAGGCCUCAAGCUCCAUCCUACAGAGCGGCCAGGAUGGUACAUCCACACUUCGGGAACAGGCAUCUUGACCGUUGAAGACGGCAGAGCCAAGACAUGUGGAACACACCGUACAAAGGUGUACGAUGACUGGGAUGGUGUUUCGGAACUUCUGAAUCUUCCAGACGACGCCUUUCACCGAAACGUGGACAAGAUUGUGACUGAGACAAUCGCGUUGCCGUCAAAGAACUUCAAGACAGCCAUUGUCUGCCCCUGCUGCAUCUACGGCCCAGGAAGAGGCCCGGGAAACACCAAGAGCGUACAGGUAUACACACUAGCCACCAUCGUGUUGAAAAGAGGGAAGGGAAUCAGAAUCGGAGACGGCGAAAAUAUCUGGCAUCAGGUUCACAUCCAAGACCUCAGCAACCUGUACCUGGCUCUAGCUGAGGCUGCGGCUAGUGGUGGAGGCAAGGCGACAUGGGACGAUGAGGGAUACUACCUUGCUGAGAACGGAAGCUUCUCGUGGGGUGACGUGGAGAAGGCCGUUGCGCAGGAGGCCUUUGAGAAAGGAUUGAUCAAGACAUCGGAGCUAGAUGUUCUUGACUGGGACGGCACUGACAAAGUAGACCCUGCGGGUCCCUACAAAUGGGGCUCAAACUCCAGAGGUCUUUCGACCCGCGCCAGAAAGUGUUUGGGGUGGAACCCUGUCCAGCCGAAGCUCAUGGAUCUUAUUGGAGAGAUUGUGGAACUUCAAGCCAAGGACCUCAAAUAG